GCACUCAAACACUAGGCCAUCUGGCCGUGGCCGUAUGGUCCAUGCGACGACCACGGACAUAAUAAAGGCGACGAGCCUUCUUUCCCAUUAAACGGUAAACAUAUAUCCAAACGGCCACCAGCACGGCCAGACGCGCACACAGGAAGAGCACGUCCAGGUGGUCCACGCCCAUAUAAGAGUGCAGUGAAGUUUCUCAUACCAGAGGACACAAAACGACCGGGGGAUAGAGGUUGACGAGGAAGUCUUUCCUGAACUUGCAACCAUGAAAGAUGUGUGUUUCAUCAUCUCCACACUUGAUGACAUCCCCCUUUUAGAAUCAUCGAAGACAUUGCCUGACUGCUCAAAUCUGACAGCAUUUGUGACACUUGCAAGCUGGGACUUCAUCCUCAAGUCUAACGGAUACCGUGUCCAUCUCAACCAGUCUAAGCAGUGACAGUGAUGCUGGAAGUCAAAUGAUUCAACCUGUCAUGACCAGCACCCACGCAAGAAAUACAAUGGAGCAGAUUCUCACUGCUACGUCAGCAGGGAUGACUGUGAUCAAAGAGUACGAAGAGACGGGUAGUUUGAAAGAUUCCACAAGACGAACUAUUCAAGUCCCACUUUGUUUUCGGUGUGAAAUAUGAUGAUGCGCUGUCAAGUCUGUACACAUUUCUGCAGACUACCCUGUACAAUAUUGACAUUUGAACAAUCGAUGAAACUCCAAGAGUAAAGGAGUUGAGAGCAAAGCUCUUGACCAAGCUGUAAUUGGCUAGAAUUUACAGAAGACCUAUCUGCAUAUCUUCAAAUUGAUACACAAGCCACUGCCAAAAUCACAAACUGGGUAAAGUGUGGGGUUGAAUAUCGUGUUUGCCUCUUUGUUUGCACUAGCACUGAUGAAAACAUGCGGUGAACACCGGUGUUCAGCGAAAUAUCUUUCAACAAUCGGCAUGAUGGUAAAUUUGUUUUUGCUAUGGUUGCUCAUGAAACUUCUUUCCAUGAUCAUGUCCAUGCUUUUCAAGUAACUGGAAACAUCCCUAGGAAGAUACUGGUUCUAGAAAGGGAGAGAUUAAGACAUUUCAAAUGUUUUGAUGUUCAAAUGUCGACCAGGUUUGAUUCAUAUUUUUAUGUUGUGUCAGAGAGUUGCAUAAUUUAAUUUGUCAGCAUUGUUGGCUUGAUUGGUCCAUGGUUUAUUAUAGUUUUUUUUAUAAGGGUUUUACACAAUGUUUGCGCUUUGCAUUUACCAUUUGAGGAGUUAUUUUUGUAUAUUUAUUUCAGCGAUUCUGGAGAAUGCUUGUUGUCUAAAUCACUGAAUAUCUCCUCACCAUCAACUACCUGUCUGUAUGUGUGUGUUUUUAGCACAGGAUGCUACUGACAGAUAGCUGAUGGUGAGGAGAUAUUCACUGAUUGACAACAAGCAUUCUCCAGAAUCGCUGCCUCCACCUUAAGUGGAAACUUGCAUUCAUAAUGUGCCACCAAAGCUGCACUCAUAGCCGUUUAGAAUGUUUUCUGUUACUUUUAACUUAAGCCUCAAUGCUGCACAAUUUUUGGUACACUUUAGUAAAAAUGUGUAGUCAUCAAUGUUUUUUGGAUUCAAUGUCAUCUGGAACAUUUUGUGUUGUGAAAUAGAAAUAUAUAUGUAUAGGCUACUCCAUUAAGGAGUUGAAUAUAAACUCCCAUUAAGGAGUUCACAUUUAAAUUAACUCAAGGUGAGAGUUGAAUUUUACCCCACAUGGGAUCAGUGUUUUAACUCCCAAAAGAGUUCAGUUUUCACUCCUGAAAAGGGUUAAAAGAUCAACUCCCGGAAAAGAGUAAUUUUAACCCUGGCCCAGAGUGUAUUCGAUGGUUUUACAUAUACACUUGGAUUGAGUUGAUUUUAACUCCAUGUGAGUUUAUUCCUUAGGCCCGAAUUUGCUGUGUACCUGAUUAACAUUCCCUAUGAAUGGAUGUACAAAAACAAGCCAAAUCUGUAUCCGAUCCAAUUAAAAGGGACGGUUAUAAAUUUGACCAAUGGCAUCGAAGAGCGACACAAUUAUUUUACUACCAGCCAAUCGUACGGCGCAGCCGAGUGACGUAUCGCAGUCAGCUGUUCUUGUUAUGCUUUUUUUUCUUCCUUUUCUUUUCAUUUCCUACAGUCUGUUGUGCUCAAAAGACGGGAUUUGUCCUAAUUUCUCAGUCCAUACAAGCCUCCACUGCGUCUGAAUCAUCGCGCAAGGCGAGCUCGGAUGAGGCUAUUUCUCCAAAGGAGGUCGAUCUCAUUUCUUUCCAGCUGGAUCAGUCUUCGGCCAAAAUCGAGAAAAUAGGUGCAGUCGGUCCCAGGCCUGCGAUCCAGGCCCGAGGGAGAGAAGGAGGUCGCUGCUGGGAAUCGGGAUGGAGACCGCAGAGGGUUCCGAUGGUACUAGCGGGCCGAGUGGACUGGCGUCCGGGCUUGGGUGCGCCUCGUUCAACCAGGAUUCCACCUCAUUGGCUGUGGGCACGGGCAUGGGCUACAAGCUGUACUCCCUGACUUCCGUGGAGAAGCUCGACUGCAUCCAUGAGAGUGACAGCCCGGACGUCUCCAUCGUGGAGCGUCUGUUCUCCAGCAGCCUGGUGGUGGUGGUGAGCACGUCCACGCCACGGCGCAUGAACGUCUACCACUUCAAGAAGGGCACGGAGAUCUGCAACUACAGCUACUCCCACGACAUCCUCGCCGUCCGGCUCAACCGACAGAGACUUGUGGUGUGCCUCGAAGAGUCUAUUUACAUUCACAACAUCAAAGACAUGAAGCUGCUGAAGACCCUCCUCAACACCCCGUCUAACCCGUCUGGUCUAUGCGCUCUAUCUGUUAACCAUUCCAACUCCUACCUGGCUCAUCCUGGCAGUGCCACCAUCGGGGAAAUUGUAGUUUACGACGCCAACAUCUUGAGCACCGUCACUAUGAUCCCCGCCCACGACACCCCGCUGGCCGCGCUGGCCUUCAACGCUCAGGGCACCAGGCUGGCCAGCGCCUCCGAGAGGGGCACGGUCAUCCGGGUCUUCUCCAUUCCUGACGGCCAGCGUCUGUUUGAGUUCCGGAGGGGCAUGAAGAGGUACGUUAACAUCAGCUCCUUGUCCUUCAGUCCCGACGGUCAGUUCCUCUGCACCUCAAGCAACACAGAGACGGUUCACAUCUUCAAACUGGAACAACUUGGAAUAACCGGGGAGGAGGCGUCCCCCACGUGGACGGCCUACGUGGGGAAGAUGUUCUCGGCGGCCAGCAGCUACCUCCCCACCGGGGUGACGGGCAUGAUGAGCCAGGACCGGGCCUUCGCCACCGCCCACCUGCUGGCCAUGGGCCGGAGGAACAUCUGCACCCUGGCUGUGAUCCAGAAGCUCCCGCGCCUGCUGGUGGUGUCGGCGGACGGCCAGCUGCUCAUCUACAACGUGGACCCGCAGGAGGGCGGCGAGUGCACCCUGGCCCACAAACACAGGCUCUUCUGCUGCGACGAGGACAGCGGGGAGGAGACGGAGUCGGAGCGAUCCAACUUGAAUACACCGCCGCCCGCCUGCCCGUCGUACGCUGCGACUGCUGCCCUGCCCACCGCGGUGCCCGUCACCACAACGCUCACAGGCUACUCUGAAGACGGCGGGGCAAAGAAAGGCGAAGUUAUCCCCGAGCACGAGUUUGCGGCCGGGCCCGUCUGCCUGGACGACGAGAACGAGUUCCCACCUAUUAAUUGGUGCCGUGACGGAAGUCGAGGUGGCGGGGCGAGACGCUCGUGAGGCAGUGAGGCAGACAGAAACAAAAGCUACAGAGGCGAGCGAAGGAAUAGUUGCGACAUCGCCCCCCGGCGUUAGGAUAAAAAGGGAGCAGAAAAACGAAAAAAAAAAAGAUAUAUAUUUUAUGGUGCUAACUUUUUUUUGUGAUGAAAUGUCAUGAUGAUAUUAAACAUGAGUAUGUUUUCCAUUUAAUCGUUUUUAAUGUAGAAGCCACUUCUAUUAUCGUAAAAGAGGGGCAGUGCAUUACCCCCUAGUUAUUUAAAAAGUGUAUGUAAGGUGCAUGCCUGAGCAACAAUAUAACCACAGAUUUUCCUUGCUAUGUAGCUUUACCUAUUUCUGUUAGUUGCAUUAUUGCAGCGAUAAUAUCCUAAUGUGGUCAUUCAUGUAUUCGUAUUGGAUCCUUAAGUAGAGAACUGAAAAAAAAAUUUCAUUCCUUUUUAUUUUUAUUGUGUUAAAUACCUACUUAAUGUUUACACGUAUGCAAUGUACGGAAAUCAGCAAGUAUGUAAGUAUGGAUAAAUACAUAUGUUGUAUGAAUGUGCCUGUUGUAAUUUGUAAAGUGCUAAAUAAUGCACAUUGCACAAGACCAAAAAACUGAAAAAGAACAAUAAAAAAAUACCCUUGAUGAUAAAUGAACCUAGAGAACACAUUAUUUGUUGGCUUUGUUUCAUUUGAAAUAUUUUAGUUAAGCCCAGCCUAGAGGUUAAACCACUAUAAGAAAGCUAAGUCCAAGUGGUAAAUCAGGACUAACUGGAAUGCACUACAUGGGUCAAGGUUUGGUUUAAAUUCAAGGUCAAACAUUUAAAUUAAAAGGUGAGGAAAAUAUAUACUUUAUGCAUUCAUCUUGUAACACUAGAGCAACAGUACAUUUUCAGCUCUUUUGUGUAUUCAGUGUAGGCUACUAUUUAUUGGACAGUAUUACAACAUAACAUUUGUUAGACAUGGUUUGAGUUACUGGAACCUUUUUGAAGAGCAAUAAUCCGUUAUAUAUGAUUCAGAUAAAUUAUCCCCAUCCCAUUGUUACACCGAUUUUAUCUUUAUUUGUUAGUUUCAUUUUAUUGCAGGCUGAUUAUGAUUCAGAACUUUGUUGUUGCCAAAAGCUGCUACAGCAGGAGGGCCUGGACUUUGAAGCGGUCAUGAGUGGUAAAACUACUAACUAACCUUUGCGCACAUAAACGUGAAAAAGAUUGUAAUCCUAUUAGGUAAACUUGUGACCAAUUAAAGUGGGGUUUACAGUAGCCUACAGCAAUGAAAAACGGAGCUACGGUACCUCAGGGUAACAGGGUAAGAGCAUGUGCUAAUUGCAUUUCAGAGUUCAAACAUGAAAACGCGGCCUUAUAAAGCAAAAUCAUUCAGAGAUACGCAGUACCUAUCCAUUCGCUGAAUCAGGGGGCUAUUUUUUACU